GGGUUCAACUCAACUACAGCUGUCUCAACGCACCUUCGCCACAACAAACCUGGAACUCUCAUCUUCUCCUGGGUUCUACUCUUACCGUAACCCCAGGAUUUGUCACGUCUGGUCUUCAGGAGUCACCUCCCAGAAGAUCCUCGGUCCCUCGCCCAGAUUCUCUGCUUGACACAGAGCGGAGACUCGUAUCCUUGUCUCGACUUCACUCAACGCUCGGGAAUUCGACGUCGUUCAAAUGCACGCUUUUUAUAUCACAGCCUUUCAAACCUCCUCUCCCCUCGAAUCCGUGCCACGGUGACGCCUCGUCGUUGCUCUCUCGAUUUCGUUGUCCUUUUGAUCGGCGUCGAUCGGGUUUUUCUGGACGAUAUCCUGUACAAUAUACUGGGUUGUGCUUUUGGUUUGGUUUGUUAGUUUUUAAUCGGUAAUUUUGGGCUUUCAAAAGUUGUCGGUUCUUGCUGUUGCUCUUGCAUCUUCAUCGCGAUCGAUAUUCAUGCUCUUGCGAUAAUGUACCACUACUCUCCGCCACCCACCGGGUGGUCCUCGUUCGACUACAUGAACUCACCCCCGACGUCUCCUCACUACGCCUACUAUGCGACGCAGUUCACCAACCCCUUUGGCUCCCCCCGCGGCCCCACGAAGCGCCACGGCCGCAAAGCGAGCUACGCGGCGCCUCCCAGCAAGGACGCCGGAGCAUGGCACUCUGGAUACGGCCACGGUUUCUACGGCCCUGUGCCCGAAUAUGGCAUCCCGUCCAAACACCCGGAAAAUGUUCCUGUUUUUGAUGAGGCUGAUGCCGCCAAACGAUCGCGCGCUCGUCGCCAGUCCACUUCCACCCGGAACGUGCCCAAGCCGAAGCCUGCGACUGCAUCUAAGCCCCCGCCAAAGGCCACCGAAGAGGAUGCCAUACGCGCAAAGAUCCCCCCCGGCUACUCGCUCAAGAACUGGGAUCCCACGGAAGCGCCGAUUAUCCUGCUUGGCAGUGUGUUCGAUGCCAACUCUCUCGGCAAGUGGAUCUACGACUGGACCGUCUUCCAUCAUGGCGCCUCAACCCCAAUGGCCGACGUUGCGGGUGAACUCUGGCUAUUGCUCAUCAAACUUGCUGGCAAAAUCAAGCGCGCAGCGGAGUGCGUGGACCGAAUAAAGGACGCCGAAUCUCAGGAAACAGUGGAGGACUUUUUGGAAAGUGGUAAGCGCCUCUGGAAGCGCUUUAAGAAGCUGCUGCAGACGUGCGAGCAAUUUAUGUGGAAGGCCGCUAAGCGGGAGGACGGCAAGAGUGUGUCGAUGGGCCGCAACGCCGGCUGUGAAUUUGUCGAGUCUAUCUUUGGUCGCGAUCGUGAGUUGGAGAAUACGGAGAAGCUGAUGAACAGCAUCCGUGUGUGGAAUAUGCGCUUCGAUGCGAACUGCGAUGACAUUCUGCGAAAGCGAACUGCCUAAAAAACUAUAGCACAACCAGACAGUACCUUGGUUGUACUCGAACCCAGUUUACCCCAGUUGGAUUUCCCCACUUCCACGGUUUGGGAAGUGUUUAUUACUCGGAUUGCAUUUGAGCGCGUUUGGUUUGCUCGUUGCUUCUGAUCUGAAUUUGCAAGCGAUUUAUCUGCUUGGUUUACCGAACAUUUACAGAACGGAUCUAUUAUUUUACCAGAGAUCCAAAGAACGUCUUUCCUUUGUCUUUUCCUUUGUCAUACAGCUUUGUUUCGGUUCGGUUCGAUUUCCCUCCAUUAGCAUUUGCGAUAUCCAGCAUUUAGGAAGGGAUUCUGUUUUACUUUUCUGUUUUACUUCUUUUGGAGUGCACGCUAUGCUCAUGGACAUGGACAGGAGUUUAGUGCUUGAGUCGAGUCAUUUGCUCUGCAUCUCUGCUUUAUGAUACCAUUCUGCGAUCUCGAUCUGCUUGUCUCAGAUUUGGUGGUUGAUUCGCUCUUUGAUGCUUAACCCACUACUACCAUCUACUAAUAGACUUGGAAAUAUACUUACUUACUU